AUGUCAGUGCUAUUUACCAUUUAUACCUUGUUCGCAUAUAAAUAUAUACAUUUAAAAAUAUUUUUUCAAAUCUUUACUAUUUCCAAUAAACUUCCUCAUGUCUCUUCAUUCCCAUCCCAUCUCCUUCCUUCUUUUGCAUUCGACGGCCAAGAGGGUUUUUUUGUUCCCCAUAUCCUUCAUUCUUUUGCAUUCGACGACCAAGAGGAUAAAAAUACAGUGCAAUCGACAGCCACCAAGCGAAAGAUUCAGACUAAAAUUGACGGCCAACAGGAUGAAAAACAAAUACCACAAGAUAUAAAAGGAGGAUCGAGGAAUGUGAAACAAGAAGAAAAGCAAACUUCUUUGGACUUUUACAACCGACUAUUAGGAGACAUGGCAAAUGAGUUUAUACCAUUGAAUGUUGUACUAACCGAAGACAAAAUUCAAGAAGAAUAUGAUAUGGAAAUGAUCGGGACACAAAUAGUUCCACACAGACGCAUACUCUUUUGAGGUAUAUGACAUAAACAACAACUUUUUAAGUUUGUAACACAAUAUGCUUCGUUGGAAUUAAUGCAUUACUAGUUGUAUGUGAAA